CCUCUCCCUCACCACCGCGGCUGAUUACGAUAAGCGUACAUGUGCGGAGUUUGUGCACGGCUUCCGACACCCUCGAAUACAUUUAUGAGCCUCUUUAGCUCUUCAAGACCCGUCAAUCACUCACUUUCCUGACCUCACGAUGCCGCCGAAGCGCAACACCGAGGACGUCCAGACACUGAAGGAGAAGCUCCACAACACAAAUGCCCGCGGACGUCGCACUGGAGGCACACACCCAACCAAUGGAAGCAGUCUGAAAGAGGUCGACAAUGCGUCUACCAACAGUGGUCAGACGUCAAAUGACCUCGACACCUCGAAUAUGAAAUGGACGUCUCAAGAGCCUGCCGUUCUCCAGGGCUACCGACGAGCCUACCGCCUCGACACGCCGUCGACCUUCAAGAACCCACUCAGCCACGUUGUGCUCCAUCAGGGCAUAGGACGCAUGUCGCCGACCAUGGCACGCGCCAAAUCGAAACGACGAGUACACAAAGAUCAGCUGGCAAUGGCUGUAAGGAAGAACUUCAAUGCUCUUGGAGUCACCGAGAGCGACGUCAUUGUGGACUGGCUGUAUAAGACGAAACACCAGGACAAGGAGUUUCGCGUACGAUUCACGCCGCAACGCAAGUGAGCUCGAGUCUGCUCACACCACGCACACACACCUUCGCUUCGCAUUCGAAACUUUACGUCGAUACCCAGUCGUGGCACGAUAGCCAGCGACCACUAGAUAUAAUG